AUGUCUGAUCUCAGUCCCACCGAUCCAAAUAGUGACCCAAACGUCGGUUCAUCGCGAGGUGACGCCUCGUCCACCUCAGGCGAUGCCGUGAGUAGCCUCACGGGAGGAGGUGGCUCGUCGGCCUCGGCGCUGAUGAUGACCUUGCUGCCGGCCCUGAUCUACGCUCUGUUCUGGUUUGGCCUCUUCAUCAUCUUCCGGCGAACGCAGCGGCGAUGGUAUGCGCCGCGAUCUCAUCUACCGGAUAUUCAUGAACAUCGUCGCAGCCCCGAACUGCCAUCGGGCUGGCUGAAUUGGUUUGGUACUUUCCUCAAAAUCGAGGACAACCAUGUGUUGCAUCACUCGUCGCUGGACGGAUAUCUAUUUCUACGUUUUCUGCGCGUACUGUGUGCGACGUGCUUCACGGGUUGUCUAAUCACUUGGCCCAUUCUCUUCCCCGUCCAUGCGACGGGCGGCAACGGCAACGGCCAGCUCGACAUUCUCAGCUUCAGCAAUGUCGCGAAUCCCAAUAGGUACUAUGCCAAUGUUCUCGUUGCGCUUAUCUAUUUCACCUUUGUUUUCUAUGUGGUGACUCGGGAGAGUCUCUACUAUGCCAACUUGCGUCAAGCCUAUCUCAACUCCCCCGCCUAUGCGUCUCGAAUUUCAUCCCGCACCGUCCUGUUCAUGUCCACACCAGAGGACUACCGAGACGAAAAGAAGUUGCGACACAUUUUUGGCGACACAAUCCGACGGAUCUGGGUGACCUCCGACGUUUCCAAAUUGGAAAAAUUGGUGAAUGAGCGUGACAAGCUGGCUUUCAACCUGGAAACCGCCGAGACGAAUCUCAUCCGAAGGGCAAACAAGGCGCGUGUUAGCGCGAUCAAGAAUGGCGAGUUCUCUUCAGAUACUUGUCUUGAUUGCGAGUCUAGCAAUCCCGCUGGGUCGCACAAAGUACAGCGUCCAACUCACAGACUCAAGUUCUUUGGUCAAAAGGUGGACUCGAUUCAUUGGUAUCGGUCCGAGCUGGUCAAGAUUACCGAGCAGGUGACGGAUCUGCAGAAGAAACAUCAGGAUGGACAGGCGAAGCAUCUCUCUGCCAUCUUUGUCGAGUUCAACUCCCAGUCCGAUGCGCAAAUUGCCCUGCAGACCCUCUCACAUCACCAGCCGUUCCACAUGACUCCCCGUUUCAUUGGGGUGUCGCCCGAAGAAGUAGUAUGGUCGGCACUGAAUCUCAGCUGGUGGCAACGCAUCAUCCGGAAAUUCGCAGCGCAAGGAGCCCUGGCGGCACUCGUCAUUUUUUGGUCCUUCCCUGCUGCGAUUGUCGGAGCCAUCUCCAACAUCUCCUAUUUAUCCAACCUGAUCCCGCCUUUGAAGUUCAUCGAAGAUCUCCCCGACCUGAUCAAGGGAGCAAUCGAAGGUCUGCUCCCGUCAGCCGCACUGGUAGCUUUGAUGUCGUUGGUGCCAAUCAUCUGUCGCAUCUUUGCCAGGCGAGCUGGUGUCCCAUCCACGGCCAGAGUUGAGCUAUUCACACAGAGUGCUCAUUUCGUUUUCCAAGUGGUGCAAGUAUUCUUGGUGACGACUUUGACCUCGGCCGCAUCGGCUGCCACCUCACAAAUCAUUCACGAUCCACUCUCGGCAAAGGAUCUCUUGGCCCAGAAUCUUCCUAAAGCCACCAACUUCUAUAUCUCUUACUUCCUACUUCAAGGGCUUAGUACGAGCUCUAUGGCUCUCGUCCAAAUAGCGAGUGCCCUGGUGUUCAAAUUUGUGACAACGUUCUUCGCCUUCUCUCCGCGUCGACUAUUUCGACGAUGGGCCGAGCUCGGUAGUUUGAGCUGGGGCAAUGUAUUCCCGGUUUUUACCAACAUGGGUGUCAUUGCUCUCACCUACUCUUGCAUUGCGCCACUGAUCCUCGGAUUUGCCUUCGUUGGUCUAUACCUCGUCUACCAGGCAUAUCGCUACAACUUCUUGUUCGUGUACGAGAUCGACAUCGAUACCAAAGGACUUGUCUAUCCCCGAGCCCUCCAGCACCUUCUCACGGGAAUCUACCUCGCCGAAAUUUGCAUGAUCGGUCUUUUCGCCAUUAAAAGCGCCAUUGGCCCGGUGAUCAUUAUGCUUAUAUUCACGAUCGGCACUGUGCUGGCUCACAUGUCCCUCAAUGAAGCCCUCGCCCCUCUCAACACUUUCCUGCCACGGUCUUUGGACGCAGAAGAGGAGCUACUCCAGGAAAAAGAAGAUACCAUUGCCGAGAUCAAUGAACAACGCCGCUCGCGAGCCUUGGCUUUCUGGAAAUGGUUCCACCCGAACGUGUACAAGGACUACGCCGCUUUGCGUCGCAAAGUGCGUCGAAAUAUCGCGGAGGUGGAGUACACCGAGGAGGAGAUGCGCACCGCAUACUUUGAACCGUGCGUCGCGUCUCCUGCGCCCACGCUUUGGAUUCCACGCGAUAAGUGGGGAUUCAGUCGACACGAAGUGAUCGAAACCGACAAUAGCAUUGAUAUUACUGACGAAGGUGCCCACCUCAACGACAAGAACAAGAUCGUGUGGGACAAGUACGACCCCCAUCUACCUCUGCGGGAAUUGAAGACCCCGUAUUAA